GUCGAUUGACAGCAAACAGUCAACCGAGAAACACUGCGCUGCCUUGGUGAUAAACACAGCGGAGAAAACUUCGAAGUGUUACACUGGCGACGUUUUGGCAUCUGAACACCAAGUCGAUCCAGCAAACAGCGCCCUUUCCGGUUUUAGCAGAAGUGUGGAAUGGGCUUCUACAUAACCCAGGCAGUGGUUCGCCGGUUGCGUCCAGUAUGCUUCCAGCUUUCGGUCAGAUAUUUGUCCGUCUCGUAUCAGCGCAAAACUCGCUUGGCGGAAGUGGGUAAAUUGGAACUGCCGAAGGCUCAAGGCAAAUACGAAACGGGACAGCUGUUUCUUCAUCGUGUGUUUGGUUAUCGCGGUGUCAUUCUAUUCCCCUGGUUGGCACGUGUGUAUGACCGUGAUUUGCCAACCCAGAGCAAGGAUACCCAAAAUGAAACGGUUUCCAGCGCGGCUGGGAAUACGGCAACGACGCCACAGAACACUAAUAAGGAAGUGCAGAAGAGGACACAUACCUUCUAUCAGGUGCUGAUCGAUCAACGCGAUUGUCCGUAUAUUCGGGCGCAAACAGAGGCGGUAACGUUUCUGGGAAACCAGGAAUCCAGUCGUAGUCUGUAUGCUAUUCCUGGAUUGGAUUACGUUGCUCACGAGGACAUUCUUCCAUACAGUUCUGGAGAACAAAAUCCUCUGCAGCACGAGCUAUUCGACAAGUUCUUGGCGCAUCAACCGGCCAAGGAUCCACCUUUCAGUGCACAGGAUACCCUGCGAGCCUGGCAGAAAAAGAACCAUCCUUGGCUGGAGCUAUCCGAUGUGCACAAGGAAACUACCGAAGGAAUCCGGGUAACCGUCAUUCCGUUUUACAUGGGUUGUCGUGAAACUCCGGCUGCAUCUGUUUAUUGGUGGCGUUACUCUAUCCGUUUGGAAAAUUUAGGUGAGCUGAGCGUCCAACUGAGGGAACGCCAUUGGCGGAUAUUUUCUCUGUCAGGAACCCUGGAAACCGUCCGCGGUCGGGGUGUGGUUGGACAGGAACCAGUGCUGAGUCCACGUCUUCCGGCGUUUCAGUACAGCUCUCACGUGAGCCUACAGGCGCCAAGCGGUCACAUGUGGGGCACAUUCCGCAUGGAACGUGAGGAUGGACACAUGUUCGAUUGUCGCAUACCGCCCUUUUCCCUUGAGAGUAAGCCCGAUGAUAGCGGCAAUCCUACAGACGACUCCACCACAAAUCUAGAUGGUUCGAACCCAUCGGCAGCUUCACCAUCCGAUGACGCAACUAGUCCUAGAGAAGGCGGCGGUGAGAGCACCAAUACGGGUGAGCCUCGCUCGAACCGCGAUAACCAAUUUUGACGUUGUCAUGAAAAAACAUAUUUAAUGAAUAUUUAUAAACCAUUUCCGUUGAAAUGAAUGCGGUAAAACACUGAUAGGACGCUAGACGUUAAGAUUUUUGUCAAUUGCGAAGGUGGACAUAACCACUUGUGACUCUGUUGUAAAUACAUUUGAGGUCAUCAAAAUAAUAAGACGUAAUGUAACGUAAA